AUGACAAGUGAAAACAACACACAGUCAACAAGGUCCAGUCUUCUCGAAAGAUUCGAGCGACUAAAAGCGAAACGUCGCGAAACAAUCAAACUAAACAAGAUCGAUGUUGCGCUGGAACUAAGGCGACAGAAACACUCGGGAACGCAAGCCGACCCCGGCUCCAACCUGGACCAACAUCAUCCUCCGGACGACAAGCACGGCCUCAGCGACGCUCAAAGGGCAAUGGAGUACACAAUUGAGGAAUGUGAAAAGUGGGCCCAGCGGCAGAAGCGGGCCAAGGCUGGUCCCUUGGAUUUCAACAAACUAGCGGAAGCUUCGUACUACAAGGAGAUAGCAAACAUCAAGAUCGACAAGGCGGCAUACCAGCUACAAAAGGACGGGAACGAGGCGGAGACGCUGGGUGAAAACGGAUCGAAUGGAGAACUGGCUGAUAAUUAUAAUAAGCCCACGCGGGAGGCCAAACGGGGACUCAGCCUUGCCGUGAAGGAGUCGCGAGAUCGAAAGUACAACAAAAAGAGACGUGGUCGCCAGGAUGAGCUUCAGCAAGUGGACGCUUUUAUCAAUGAGAGGAAUAAGCAGUUUAACUUGAAAUUGAACCGACAGUACCAAGGAAAAGAGUAA